ACCUUACCAAAUCAAUCAAAGAAAUAAUAAGAUGAAGAACAAAAAUCCAGCUUGAUAUUUGUUGUGAAAUUUUUUUUUAUUGUUCAUCUGCAGUCUCUUAGGUCAAAAUCUUCAUAAUCGAUUAUUAUCUCUCCCUCAUCCAUCAGUCUUCAAGAAUGGAUCCAGCCCAAUCUCAUGGAUCCCAACGAUCGCUCCCUUCUCCUUUCCACGCUAGAGACUUCCAGUUACAACUUCAACAACAACAACAACAACAACAACAACAACAACAACAACACCAACAACAACAGUUCUUUCUCAAUCAUAAUCAGCAACAAAGAAACCCCGAUCAACAAGAUCACGAGCAAAAAGGAGGGUCAAUGAAUCGAACCAUCAACAAGAUGGAUCGCGAAGAGACAAGCGAUAAUAUGGAAAACAUCGCUAAUAACAACAGCGGUAGUGAAGGUAAAGAGAUGAGUUUACACGGAGGAGGAGGAGCAAGUGGCGGAGGAGGAAGUGGAGAAAUGACAAGAAGGCCAAGAGGAAGACCAGCAGGAUCCAAGAACAAACCUAAAGCUCCAAUAAUCAUAACACGAGACAGCGCAAACGCGCUUCGAACCCACGUCAUGGAGAUCGGAGACGGAUGUGACAUAGUUGACUGUAUGGCUACGUUCGCAAGACGCCGCCAGAGAGGCGUUUGCGUUAUGAGCGGCACAGGAAACGUCACUAACGUCACUAUACGUCAGCCCGGUUCGCCACCUGGAUCGGUGGUUAGCCUCCAUGGCCGGUUCGAAAUCCUUUCACUCUCAGGAUCUUUCUUGCCGCCUCCUGCCCCUCCUGCAGCCACCGGACUUAGCGUUUACUUAGCCGGAGGACAAGGUCAAGUGGUUGGAGGUAGUGUGGUGGGACCCUUGUUAUGUUCAGGUCCUGUGGUAGUUAUGGCAGCGUCUUUUAGCAAUGCGGCGUACGAGAGGUUGCCGUUGGAGGAAGAUGAGAUGCAAACGCCGGUACACGGCGGUGGCGGAAUGGGAUCUCCGCCAAUGAUGGAGCAGCAACAAGCCAUGGCGGCAGCUCAAGGGCUGCCACCAAAUCUUCUUGGUUCGGUUCAGAUGCCGCAGCAGCAAAAUAAUCAGCCGUAUUGGUCUACACUCGGCCACCCUAUUGAUUAGAUCGCUACUUAUCAAUAUAUAAAUCGUUCACACAUUAAUCGAACAUAUGUAGCUAUGUAUUUUAUAUAUAUGUAGCUAUUACUAAUAUAUUUUACAUAUAUAUAAAAGCAAGCUAACACGAAGUAUAACAGGAAGAUGAAGCAGGCUAUGAUGAAGAAAACUUUCCGAUGUGGUUGUGGAUCAAUAAUUCAAUAGAUGUUUCAGGUUGUUUGUUUUUUAUUUUGUUG